CUGGGUUGAGCUGUGAGGACUUCAAUCAUUGAAAGUAAAACAUGAGCAACAACACGUGUGAUGAAGAACCAUGCAGAGCGGACAAUGACAGCGCCGAGGAACAAAGAGAUCUGACGGAAGAAAAAGAAGGAAAUGAAGAGGAUUUCACACGUGGAGAAGAAUCUUCACGUUCACGUGAAAGAGCUCCAAGAACUGGAGGCAAGAAGUGUUCGGGCUUCAGCUGCCGUCAGUGUGGGAAGACCUUGACAUCUAAAGGAAGCCUCAGCAAUCACAUGAGAAUGCACAGCGGAGAGAAACCGUUCACCUGCCAGCACUGCGGAAAGAGCUUCGCCUAUAAAACCAGCUUAAAGUUACACGCCAACGUUCACUCGGAGGUGAAGCCGUUCACCUGCCAGCACUGCGGAAAGGGCUUCAGAUCUAAAAAGAGCGUGACGGAACACAUAACCAUUCACACGGGAGAAAAACCUUUUGCGUGUCCAGAGUGUGGGAAGACUUUCAGCCGGAGGUUUUACAUGUAUAGCCACAGGAGAUGUCACUCCAGCGAGAGGCCGUUCGUCUGUUCUCAGUGUGGAAAGAGUUUCAAAGGGGCAGCCGAUCUGAAGACCCACGAGGUAGUGCAUAGCGUCCUGAAGCCGUACCACUGCGCUCAGUGUGACAGGAGCUACAGCCAAUCCGUUUCUUUACAGAGACAUUUAAAGUCAUACAUCCAUAAUAAAUACAGACCGCUGGAAAAAUUCAUGCUGCAGAGCGUCCCGCCGUGGACCAAUGCUUCCCAAUAA